AUGGCGGCGCAGGAGGGCGUCAGUACGGCUGCUGCUGCCACCCCCGCGGCGGCGUGCCGCGGGCGCCGCUUCGUCGGCGUCCGGCAGCGGCCGUCGGGGCGGUGGGUCGCGGAGAUCAAGGACUCGGCGCAGCGCGUGCGCCUGUGGCUCGGCACGUUCGACACGGCCGAGGAGGCGGCGCGCGCCUACGACGAGGCGGCCCGCGCGCUGCGCGGCGAGGGCACGCGCACCAACUUCGCGGACCGCGCCCGGCGGUGCGGCGGCGCGGCCAGGGCCAGGCUGAGCAGGAACCUGCAGCACGUGAUGGCGCGCGGGGCCGCAGCGGGCAGGGCCACCGCGUGCGCCCGCGGGGUGGGUGAGCAGUUCGCGCUCGCCGCGGUGUUCCGGGACUGGCAGCAGCCCGCCGCGCCGCAGCAGGCCGAGGCCGCGGGUGCCGCCAAACACGCGGUGCAGCCGAGCUUCGUCGUGCCGAGGCGGACCGAGGCGCCGCUGUCACCAGCGCUCGGAGCCGGAGAUCCAUGGGGCGACGCCGCCGAGCUGAUGUGCGCGGAGGAGAGGUCGUUCAAGGUGUCCUCGUCUGUGAUCGUGCCGCCCUCGUUCAGCGCGUCGACGUCGUCGGAGUCGGAGUCGGAGUCCUUUGGCCUCGAGGAUUUUCUAGCUACUAGUUGA